AUGAAGGUUUUUGCCAUGUCUUUGGAUUCCUCAGUUCCUUUAGUUUCACCCGAGUGCAGUUUGCCAAUGCAAGUCAAUGGGGAAGCACUGAGCUUUCGGAAGAGAACCAACAGUGAGGAGAUUGAAGAGCUCCAAUGCAAUGGUAACCAACGGAAUUCUUAUGACCCAAGUGAUACCAAUGAUGAUUGCAUAGAAUCUAAUAAAUGGAUUCCCCCUGACUCUGACAAGAUUCAACAAAUAAUAUCACAGGUUGAAUUUUACCUGUCUGAUGAAAAUUUGGCAUCCGAUUGUUUUCUGCUAAAGCACAUGAAGAGGAAUAAAUUGGGCUACAUCAGCAUCAAACUUCUCACCUCUUUCAAAAAGAUUAAGAUCUUAACAAAGGAUUGGAAGGUAACAGCUUAUGCUCUUAGUUAUUCCAAUUUGCUGGAAAUAAAUCAAGAAGGGACAAAAGUUCGGCGACGAAACCCAGUUCCGGAAUCCCUCCUGAAGCUACCAUCAAGUAAACGCAUAUUGGCGUGGAACUUUCGCAAGGAUUCUCCAGAGGAUGGUGGUGAAAAACAUGCUCAAAUAAAUGACAUGGAGAUGGCAAUGAAAACUUUUUCUAUUUAUGGCUCUAUCAGUUCAAUCCGCCUCUUGCAGCCAGGUAAGGAAAUUCCUACUGAAUUGAAAAAAUGUACAUUGAAAUACCCAGAGGUUGGGACCAAAGUUUGUGUUUUGAUUGAAUAUGAGAAUCAUGAAGGAGCCAGAAAGGCGUAUGAAGAACUUGGCAAAAGGCACAACUAUAACUGUGAGAGUAUAAAGGUUGUCGUGCUGACAGGGAAAGGUGCCAAAAAAAUCAGUGAUCUAGACGCAAAAGAAUUGGAGGAUUUAAAAUCAAAUUAUAAAAAGCCUUCAAGACGACCAACAAAAAGAGAGCAAUUUCAAUCUGCAAUGGAAGAGUCUUUGUACAGUUCUUCAGAAUCUGAUGGUGCCACACCACCUGUCUUUGUCCAAAGGUAUCUGCAGCACCAAAUCUGUGAUGUCCAUGACGGCAAUAGUCAAAAGCUGAAUCCAUGCAUGGCCUCAAGGUCUCAUUCAUGGAGUGACCAUUACAGCCCAUCUAUUCCACAUAGGGGGUUAGUUUAUCAUAAUCCAUCACCCCUAACAGAUUUAGGACAAGGGCUUUGGCCAAAUUCAUGUACAAAUCCAGAGCUAACCAAAAAAUUCCAUGACUGCUCAUUUGAUAGUGGGAAUUGUUCAGGAAGUCCCUGGGUGCAACGACGCAGGCUAGCUGCUUGUAAAUCUGUCUCUUUAGAGGUCAGUCAGGCCACGUGUAGGCAGUCAGGAAGGAAGUCUCAUUGUGCUACAGGCCUUCCGCCUGGAUUGAUCCGUCUUCCCUUUGGCCCAGAUGGUACAAAGGGCUUUCAUAAUAGCAUUGGAAGAGGGAGAAUAAUUCUAAGACACUGAUGUGUAUUUGAAGUUAACGUACAAGGGUGACUUGAGGCCAAGGCUCAAUCGGUAAUGGCCACAUAUGCC